CAACAGUCCCGCCCCUCCUCCGUGAGACCUUGGGUUCCAGAAAGAAGUUUCCCAUUCAUUUCUCCCACUGACGUCUGGAAAAAUCCGUAUAUAAAGGGUUUUAGACCAUGCCUUAGGCUAACCAGCUACCACGUGACUCAUAAACAUACAACAUACAAUUUCGAGUGAAAAAACAAACAGAAAAUCCAAUAAAAAAGUCAAAGGUACACGACUGUGGACAUCUUUUCAUUAUCGAACGAAGGAACUACUCAUCCCAUAAACCACCGCGCACUUGAACGUGGCUAUAUUUGAGACUCGACUUUAAAAGUGAUAUAGGGACACCUUGUGGUUAAGCAGGGAACUGCACACUGCUUUUGGACGAAGGACGUCGUAACAAGCUUGAAGAACCGUAGAAGUUUUAAACCAGAAAUGGCAACACAGGAGGAAUUCUUCUCGGGCAUUCCGAAGAUCCCAUACUUACCGAGUGCUGGGCCUGGAGAUGUCAUGUGCUUCAAACACUACAAUGCAGAAGAGGUGCUGAUGGGGAGGAAGAUGGCUGACUGGCUGAGGUUUUCAGUCUGCUACUGGCACACCUUCUGUGGCACUGGAGCUGAUCCUUUUGGGUCUCCGACCCUCCACCGGCCCUGGAAUGAAGGAACUCCUAUGGAAUCAGCCAAAAAGCGACUCAGGGCUGCUUUUGAGUUUUUCACCAAGCUUGGUAUGAAAUACUACACAUUUCAUGACAGGGAUAUGGCUCCUGAGGGCUCCACUCUGGAGGAGUCCAACAGGAAUCUGGAUGAAAUAACAGACCUGGCUCUCCAGCUGCAGAACCAGACUGGAAUCAAGGUGCUGUGGGUCACCUGCAAUCUCUUUGCCCACCCAAGGUACAUGAAUGGGGCAGCCACCAACCCUGACUGUCAUGUUCUGGCCUACGCCGGCGCUCAGGUUAAGAAGGGGCUUGAUACUGCCAAGAAGCUGGGUGCAGAAAAUUUUGUGUUUUGGGGAGGAAGGGAAGGUUUCCUUUCAUUGCACAAUACUGAUGUUGCUGCUGAACUGAAGCACAUGGCCAACUUCUUCAAAAUGGCUGUCAAGUACAAGGAGAAGAUUGGGUUGAAGUGUCAGUUUCUUAUUGAACCUAAGCCUAAGGAGCCCUGCAAGCACCAGUAUGACUAUGAUGCAAUGAGUGUCAUAGGAUUCCUUAAGCAUUAUGGUCUGGAGAAUCACUUUAAGUUGAACAUCGAGCCCAACCACACCACCCUGGCAGGACACUCAUACGAACAUGAUGUUGUCAUGGCUUCUGCCUUUGGCAUGCUGGGUUCAGUUGACUCAAACACUGGCUCUCCAGACCUGGGCUGGGACACAGACCAGUUCCCCAUGGACAUCAGGAACACCACCUUGGUCAUGAAGACCAUCGUUGAACAAGGUGGUCUGCAGCCAGGAGGCCUGAACUUUGAUGCUAAGGUGCGCCGGGAGUCCACAGACCUGGAGGACCUGUUCAUAGCUCACAUCGGAGCCAUGGACUCCUUUGCAAGAGGACUCAGAAAUGCUGUUUGCAUCAUUGAAGAUGGGCUAAUCGCUGGUAUGGUGAAGGAGCGAUACUCAAGCUACAGCCAUGGCAUUGGAAAGAAAGUGGAGGAAGGUUCCGCCUCCUUGGAGGAAAUGGAGGCCUUCAUCAAGCAGAACGGGGAGCCCAAAGUAACUUCAGGGAAGCAAGAAAAACAUGAAUGCAUUUUUAAUCACUACAUAUAAUAAAAACAUCCCUCUCCUAUGUCAGCUAGGACUAACCUUUGACAGAGAUAGAAGCUGUUCUACGUGGUGAAACACAUCAGUGUCAAACAGAGUGUCAGAAAGGUAGAGAACUUUAUUCAACCCACUGGGAACUACAAAAUCACCCACGAGGAUGUUGAAAACUGCAAGCAAAAAGCUGAAAUGUUAAAGUAGACAGACUGACUGAGUUUCAGUAUGUAUUUGUAGUACUAUUGACAUAUCCUCUAGUGUUUUUCAUACGCUGAGAGGAAAUAUUCAUAUUAGAUGAGGAUUACUGUUCACUGUGCAAUAAAACACACUCACAAUGCAGCUAACUCGUCUUCAUGUUUAUCUUUCCACGAUCCAGUCCACUCAGAUAUUAACUAUUGAAUAAUUAAAAAUGAUAAAUUUAAUGUUAUUGUAUUUUAUUGUAAGAGAUAAUAUUUCUUAUUUACAUAGUGUCUUAAAUCUUUGUAUAAGCUGCAACAGAAAAGAAUGAAGAAAGCCAAAUAAAAAAAGAGUAACUACUGUG